AGGACGGGGCGUUGCUGGGCGGCCGCGGCGUUGGCAGGAUGCCGAGUGGGUUUGUGAUGAAACUGAACAACUAAGUGUGUACACUGUUCACCACGACAAACGUGUUCUGAUGACCCAGUGCUGAUCUCAGUCCCAUUGACUCUGAAGAACUGUCAUUAAUUCGAGGCCUCCAUGUGCAUCCUCUUCUUCCACUUCAGUCCAAAUUCAGCUUCUGCAUACAGGUUUAUCCUGGCAGCAAACAGAGAUGAAUACUAUGCGAGACCAACAAAACCGGCAGAUUUCUGGGAGAACAACCGUAACAUCUUAAGCGGACUGGAUCUGGAAAAAGGGAAAGAAGGAGGAACAUGGUUGGGUAUAAGCAGGAAAGGCAAGUGUGCCGCACUGACCAAUUACCUUCAACCCAAUACCAACAUUGAUGCACUUGGCAGAGGUCAUCUCGUGUCAGAUUUUCUGACUGAAGAUCUGGAUGGAUUGACUUAUUUGAAGAAGAUUUCAUUGGAAGGAAAUGCCUAUAAUGGUUUUAACUUGUUAACUGUAGACUUCAGCAACACCAAGGCAGAUAUGAUGUGUUACUAUGGCAAUAAAGGUGACCAGGAGCCCAGAGCACUUGAUCCAGGUAUUUAUGGGCUUUGCAACAGUCUUCUUGAUACUUCAUGGCAGAAACUCGUUAACGGCAAAAAGCUUUUCACGGAAGCAAUUAAUAAAUCCUGUGGACUUCCUCCAGAGAACUUGGUGAACGAGCUCAUGAAUGUGAUAAAUAAUGAAGAAUUCCAGUUGCCCGCCACUGAUAUUGAGCAGCAGGGUCAGGAUUAUAUACGACCGAUCUUAAAGGAGUUCUCAGCGUUGUUCGUUCGUACCUCCUUGUACGGCACUCGGUCAAACACAGUCAUCCUUGUUGAUGCUAAAGGGCAUGUAACCUUCACAGAACGCUGCCUGCUCAAGCCUGAGACAAACCAAUGGAAAGUCAGCUCCUACCAAUUUGAACUUGAGACUUAACGGCUUUCCAUUCAGCCGGCUGUGAAAAAGAAAGGAACAGGAAAUAAAGUUGAAUGCAAAUGAAAGCAUAUUUUUGCAGAUCCUGCAGGUUUCUUGGACACUGCAGAUGUAAAUGGUUGAUUAAAACAUGCUACUUCCUAGCAACAGUCUUUA